GAAUUGAAAUUACAACGAUCACAUACAUAGAAUUAUAAUGUUACUUGGGUUUGUUGGUCUGGUAACCGUCCUACGGAUUACCUUGACAGAAGCGGACGUGAGUUCAUCACACAUCACAAGAAUAUAUGCGUUUGAUUGUGCUACAUUUAAAGUCGAUUAUGAAGAAAGUCCUGAUUCUGAUUAUAAAUAUGAAUUGGAAAUACCCAGUAAUCCGGAGUUAAAAGCAGUAUCUACUUCAAACAAAGUGACUUUGUGUGACAUACCAUUGUGUAUACCACAAGUUUUAAAAUUUACUAUGUAUAGGAAGCUGAAGACUGAGACCGAUUUCAGACAAGUAUUCACCGAAGAAUUCGAAAAAACUCUAGAUGCACCUAGGAUUUCAGAUAUCGUUUCUGAAUCCAGUGAUUCACCAUUCGUAACGUUGCGUUGGAAGCUUCAAGAUCGAGAGAACUGCAAAAAGAAAAUGCUAGUAUUUAACUUAUAUGGAGAUACAACAAUUAUGCAACAAGCUACGGGAGAAGAAAUGAGGAUUCCUGGUUUAAAACCUGGGCAAACAUACACUGUAUAUGCUUUCCCAAGUCAUAUGGACAGUGAAACUCAAGUUUACAUGAGCGCUCCACAUAGUUUCACAGUUACUUAAAUACAUGCCUCAAUGAUGAUGAUGAUGAUGAUGUGAAGCUGAUCGUUUGGACAACCGACAGUCCAUGAUUAUAAAAACUCUCAACGUUGUUUAAUUAAUUAUUGUGUAUGUGCAAAACAUGUUGCCAUUCUCUUAUUAUUUUAUUCAUCCACAAUAUUUGUUUGCCUUCAAUUAAAUUAUCCCAAUAAAUUACUAAUCUGACAGUAA